UCACUGUUAAUUAAGGUGCUUUGGUAACAAAUGAGCUGUGACAAUAUUUGAUGGAUUUUAAAUGUAUUUGUAAUGUAGCUUCUCUAAUGUGAGGACGCGUUGUGUUUCUGUUUAUGUGACUGUUGACAUGUUGUGGAUUUGGUGACUCCCAUAACCAGCGAUCUACAUAUCUAACAUACAACCUUAUUUCAUUAUUGAAUGGCUAGCUCGAUAGAAGUUCACACUGCAACAGCAGAAGCUGUAAGACGUGUGUGUGUUUUCCUUCAGAUGAGAUGGAAUGUGUUGAGCCUACACAUGUGGGUGUACAUGUAUGAAACGAAGGUGGCAGAGCAUGAAAUCUGAACAGUAUGUGCCCUGUGCCGCCCCGCCACAACGUGUGUGCGUGUCAACAGCAGAGAAGGUAGUUGUACUGGAAUACCAAUGUGCCAGGUGGGGCUCGUAAAGUGCAGCACGGGGAGGGAAGGACACGGAGGGGACCUGCCUUGACCUGUUUCAGACCUGAAAGACACAACAAAAACAAAGCAAAAAAUUACCACAUGAUGACUUUCCCGUAAGUCUCUCCCUCCCAGGCAGCUGAGCGACCAGCCUGAUCUGCAGCGACCCCCCCAUUUCCUCCUGCAAUCCGCAGCUUGCCAUGGCGGUGGAUGUGCCGAGAGGCUUUCCUACGGUGCGUUGGAGGAGACUCCGCCCGUGGAGAGAGAAUGACAGACCCGUCUGCUAAACGCCACUAUUAGGGAACGUCAAAGUCUUAAAGCGACAGUGACAGAGUAUUUUCCCCAAGAAAGGACUUGAUAACACUACAACACAAAUGUAGACCUCCCAUAGUCUUGUCAUCAAAUAAUCUGAACAACACAACAAAUAAAACACAAAGAAUCCUUGAAGCCAUGUCUGACCACAAAGACAUGACACAUCGGCAUCUGCGGCACAAGCUGCAGAGCCUCGGCCGAAGACUGGAUGAACUGGAAGAAGCAACCAACAAGCUGCAGAAGUCCGAGGACGAGCUACUUGACCUGCAGGACAAAGUCAUCCAGGGAGAAGGCAGCAACUCAUCCCUGCUCGGCGAUGUGGAGGACCUUAGGAAGCGUCUCCUAAAGAUCCAGGGGAAGGAUGAGGAGGUACGCAAAGCUGAGGAUCUCUGCCGCACAGUCCGAGAGAAACUGGAGGAAGAGGAAAGCCUGACACAGGAGCUGAAGGCCGAGAUUGAACGUCUCCAGCGGAGGAUGGCCGAGCUGGAGAAACUGGAGGAAGCUUUUGGGAAGAGCAAGUCCGACUGCAGCCAGCUGUGCCUGAGCCUGAAUGAGGAAAAGAACUUGACCAAGAAGCUCUCGUCCGAGUUGGAGGCCCUCAAAGCACGCCUGAAGGAGGUGGAGGGCUCUGAGACGAAGCUGGAGAAAGCGGAGCAGGCUUUGGCUACGGAUCUUGAGAAACUCAAAGCAUUCACCCAAACCUUUAUGAGUGAGCGUAAGAGGCUACUGGAGAAACAGAGGGAGGACGAGAAGAUCAUUCUGAAGCUGACUGAAAAAUUGGAGCACCAGAAGAAUUGCCUCGGCCUGUCCGCGGACCCUGGUCGUGCAGAUUUUAUGAGGUCACGAAUUGAAGAUGAGCUUUCGUCCACUGGGCUCCUCACAGGUAAACUGGCCGCACGCAAGAAGAGUCUGGAGUACUCGAAGCUGGCGGAUGACAACAUCGGUCUCGUGAAUAAAUCCGAGAAUGAAAAGAACAGUUCUCUAGAAGGCUCUCAGGAUGAGGACAACAAAGUAAAGGAGCUGAGCCAGGAAGUAGAGAGACUGAAGAAUCGGCUGAAACAGAUGGAAAUCGUAGAGGAGGAUCUAAAGAACUCCGAGUCCAAAAAUGGCGAACUCCACGAGAAGUUCCAGAUGGAGCGAAACCGUGCUCGCCAGCUGAACGAGCAGGUGGAGCAGCUGAGGACGCAGCUGUGCGGAAAAGGUGCGAUUGGAAGAAAUGGAACCGGUAAAGUGGACAAACACGGCAACGUAAGCACCAACAUUCGCCCCAACAGCCCAGCUAAGGUCCUGGAGAAUGGCAGAGCUGAGAAUGAAGAGAUUGUUGGGAAAGGCUAUUUCAGACAAGAGAAGCCCAAAUAUAGGAGUGCUGCAACGGUCUCUGAGCCGAGUUCCCCAAAACACAGGAACCGGGAGCUCUCUCCUCAGCGUAAAAAAGAGACGAAGCUGAGGAGCAAAGAUCCACUCCACUGCGAGGAGAGCUCUCCAAAAGCGGUGAGGAGACCCCUAAGUCCUGCGCACAAGAGCAGAAGAACACCCAAAAGCCCAGCCACCGCGUUCUCUUUUGAUAAUGGAGCAAGAACCACAAGACGCGGCAGUGAGGAAAACACGAGAGGAGCGACUUCCUGCUCUGUAAACACAUCCUCGAGUGACAUUAAGAAAGCGCCGGUUCUUAGCCGCUAUCCUCCAGCGGCUAAUGUCCAGAAGCCACUGAGGACGGCUCACAAACCGACUGAUGGCGACAAUAAGAAGAGCAGACUGGAAAAGAUUUCAAAACUCUACGUAGGGAGUGAUAGUGAAUCAAACAACUCUGACGCGGUGCCGGACAGUACCUUUGCUUUAGAGAAGGACGCGGCGUCCGCCUCGGAUCAGGAAUCACUGGACCAGGUUGAGGAAUCUGUCUCUGCGUCUGUCGCCUCUUCUCUGUCCAAAGCCAACGGAGCGGCCUCCAGAUCCCACGUCACUCCGCCGCUGCCCAACGACCAGGGGUCGGAAGGUCAUUCUUCUGCCUCCGAAACAGAAUCUACUGGUUCAAGGCCCUCUGAACCAGAGCCGGCAACUGAGACGACCGUCUCAAAAGUAAGCACUAGGGCCGCGGCCUCCAGGUAUGCCAGAUACUCCACUGUAAAUGACUUGCAUUCGGAGGGUUCCUCUUCCAGGAGCUCGUUUGAUGAAGAGCUCCAAAGCAGAACACUGUUCGCCGAGGGAGGCCACCAGGGGCCCGCCGCGCACACCGCAUCGGGGAUCGCCGUCCAGCGAGUGCACAGCCCACGCGAGGGGCUGACGUCCAAAGCGGUCAUCAAGCCUGCGAUCUUAGAGACCGAAAGGAAAGAGGUGAUGGGUUCGGAACCUUUGUCUGUAAACGGCAAACCCCAAAUCUCCACCAAACCGAACGUGAGCACGGCUGGUAAAAUUACCAGUAGUAUAACCAUCUACCCCAAUGACCCGAGCUCCUCCAGGACGAGCAGUCGCAGCAGCAGUGUGUCUAGUGAGCCCCUGCCGAUCAGGGAACGCCACACCUCCACCAGUAACAUCCUCAUAGGCCCCACCAGUGAGCACCUCGGCUGCAUCUCCGUCCCGUACGAGAUCUCCAUUCCCAAAAGCACCUUGCAGUCUUGCACAGACCAGGACUGCACAGGGGACGACCCCAGUGAUUUCUCAUCAAGGUCCAAACACCACAACACUUCCAGAGUGGAGACGACCACCAGCCACCUGUGCUGCCAACGCAGCAACUUCAGCCCCCAGGCCCUGGACACCAGCUCUGCAGACUACAACGACACCGAGUCAGGCUUCGAAAGCAGCAGCAGCAGCACCACCACAGUCACCAGCUGGAGACACCAAAGACCGGGCCGGCACUCCCGAGAAGACGGUCUAUCAGACUUGAAGAAUGUGACCGUGAGAAGCACCUGGAAGAACCGGGGCGCCCUCUCAGUGGAAGAGAUGGGCCGAGGAAGGGGAGGCACAAGGACAUUGACCGACGGGGGGUCCGAGGAUGAAGCAGAGGUCGCGAAAACAUGGAAGGCUUACCGGGCCACCACCUUUGACACAGACGAAACAAUAAACAGCGGAACAGGAGCUGGUGGGAACGCUGAGGCGCUGAGGGGGGUCAAGCCGUCCCCUGCAGAGGUGUACAUGCGUAGGAUCAACAGUGUGGCCCCUAAUAGCAGAGAGGCCGAGGACCCCCUGCUUCGCAGAGGAAAACGCUCACAGUCUCCCAUCAUGGAAGCAAGAGGCGUGGGAAAGACCAUGCCGCACGCACCCGUUACCGCUCAGUCCUGGGGUCGGUCCUACACACAGCAACCACAGGCUGCUGAUGGUGCGGAGGCCGUUCCUAACCCCAACCUGAGUCCGGCCUCCUGGAGGCGGCAGAUCCCCAGCAGCGACUCCCAUCGCCCGGGGAGCCCUCAUGACCGGGCGCCAAAGACGACCGGUGCCCCCUCCAGAGGAGAGCUGCGCUCAGGUCAGGGUCAAGGGUCAGGGACUAUAGGCGAUGGGAGCAGUGCAACGGGGAGCCGACCCCGGCGCCAUCAUCACUCCGUCGAGCAUCAUUAGAACGGCUCGGGUCUCAGCGGGACUUCUACAGCAAAGAGACAUCACUCCAACAGGCUGUCAACGGCACAAGGAGGGCCAAACAUCAGUCUCCCAUCAACUAAUGGCUUCCAUCUCCAAAAGUCAACACCUACAGCUUUUAUAGCAAAGUCGCUGCCAAACAGUACAACAAACCACAGACCGGACAUCGUUACCCUGAGUGUGCUGAGACGGGAACAGCUCAUUCUAACUUUCUCUGCCCCAAAAGAGGCGUGAUGAUGGAAAGACGUUUUUGGAGUUCGCCACAACAGCCCGUGUAUCCUCUCCUGCUCCUCGUGUUGGAUGUAUUAUAGUGUAAUCCCGAAACUCGACAAAGGAGAGGCUGGCAUGUUGUGGACGGCUCCGGAUUUCCCCGCGUGGCAUUUUGAAGUGAGAUUUCUCGUAGGAGGGUCUCGAAACGUUCAGAAUGGCUUUCUCAGAGGACCAUUACGUUGACCUCAGCGGAGCUGGAAACGCUGCUUCUGCAUCAGAACUCCUCCGUCACUAAAAAUAACAAAACGGCCGUUCAAUCAUCAUCAGCAGUCCAAUGUUUAAGAUGCGUUUUCAUCUCACAUGUCAGAAUAACAGAUUUAUCGCUUUUUAAUGUGACCAAAAACAGGAAGCGAAUUAUCCUCUUUGCUGACUCCAUAUGUGCAUUUUCUGAUUUUUCUCAAACAUGAAUACUCCUAACCAUACAAACACAUGAACAUUUAACAUUUUUGCUUUAUUUUUUUACCACCACUCUCUGGAAAACGGCCUCAAACUCUCUUUAAUUUGGGCUUUUCGAUGUCUAGUGAACAUUUACAUGUUUCUAAAUAACAAAUAAAAGAAUAUUGUAACUUAGGGUGUCGUCCAUUGCACACACAGACCAAUAAACACAAAAAUUCUGACAGGCCGGGACCUUAUUUAUGCUUUUUUGCCAUUUCCACCAGUUAUUUAGAUUCUUUGUAAUUCGCUUCCUGUUCUGCAUUAUCCUUUCCUUUUCUGCUCCGCCAUAUCAAGAAAAAAAAAAAAGUAGUUUGCACGCAAUGAAAUGCAAUGCACAUGUAGAAAAAGAAAAUAAUGGGGGCAUGGGGUGUGUUGUUUAUAACCUCAGACCAUGCGACAAUUUCCAUGGUGCUUUGUUUUUACAGCUCUUGCAAUUUGUCCUCGUGCGUGUGUUUUCAGAGAGCCGUGGCCAACAGGGGUUUCUGUUUUAACUGAACGUUGGACUUUGGAUUACCAGCAGACCUGGCCUGGCAAGGACAAACAUUUUUUUGUUUUUGUUUUACGGCGCUGUUGUAAAUACUGUUGUACAUGCCAGCCAGUCAUAAGAAGAAACUCCUAAUCACAAGGAACUGGCCGUAUGCGACUGGGUUCGCCGUGCGAAAUCUCCCCAGCUUGUCUCUGUUUCUUAUUCCUAUACAGGUGUAUUAUUUUUGUUACAUCAUGAAACGUAAAUAUGCGGUCAGUAUGUUGGAGCAAUUUCUGAAAAAUGGGGGUGCCAUGAACCAGUUUCAGAGUGGCCGGUGAAUAAGAUGAGGGGAAUUAAACCGACUUUCAACACGCUGGACUUUUAGAUUCAACAUUUACUGCAGGACGACCGGCGAUGAACGUUGCUAUUGAGCAGCUGAGAACGUCCAAUCGCCUGGUGGCAAACAGGACAGCGCCGCGUCUCUGACGGGACCAUGUCGCCAUAACGUGUGACGCGUGGGGGGAAAAAAAUCCGGUUCCUCUUCCGCUGUAGGUUUCAACGCCUGCGUUUCCGAGUCGGUGGCGUUUUUCCCCGUUCUCCCGUAUUCUUACCAGGCGCCAUCCAGCUGUAGUGUUUAUCGGUCUUCAUACAUGCACAGGUUGUCUUGUGGCGGGGAGGUCUGUCGCCGCUUUGUCACUUUACUGUUCAUGCAAGCGAGAGAUCAUAUGCAAUCAUUAAUCUGCGUCACAAUGUCGCUCCUCGUGCUUUACAUUCAAAUCAGGGGGGAAACUCUGAACUUAAAAUGUUGGCUCACCUUCAAAAUGUACAUUUUCAUUAAUAUCUAUGACUUUUUGCUAGAAAUAUCUACAGUAUGUUCAUCUGUGCCUUGAGAUUAAUUGAGAGAGAUUAUACCUACAAAUCCGGAUUAGGCCCAAAUUGUCUUGUUCUGCAUAUAAAUGAAACGUAAUACUGAUUACUGACUUUUAUUUCUUUUCUUUUUUUUUCUACAAGAGCAUUGAUGAAUGGUCACCGUAGAAGUAUUUGGGUUAAAGUGCUGAACGAGCGUCUUCGAGGGAACUCCCCCACUGAGGACGUCCGAGCGAGACUCCCGGAGACUAAUGUAGUCUCUUUUUUUUUUUCUAUCCCGACUUCAAAGUACCCUUUUAAAGAACACAGACCGCACCGCCCCAAAAGCUACAUCCUUUGAAUUUGCAGCCUCAGAGAGGAUUGCCAUGUGGCCGCUUCAUGGCCCCUGCUUGCUUUCAGACGAACCGGACCCACGGCCCUCGUUCCUCCACCACUCUCCUCGUUCUCCAAUCUCUCAUCUGGUCAACUUCCCAUUUAUUUGCCUUUUUGGUAUGUUGGAGCAGCCAAGUGUGGCCGUCUCCUUUCGUUCUCUUGACUGACUCCUCCGUUUCUGUGCGUCUUCCCUCUCACGUCCUAAAGGGGGGAAAAGACAACCGGCAGCCAGCAAUACGCGUCGUUGCUUCAGACCAGGCUUUGACGGGCAGCGCUCCGGGUAGCCGGAGGUCUUCGGAGGUCAGAGCUGCAUCUAAUCCUGUCUCUUUUUCUUGACUCAGGGCUUCUAAAUGCAGGCGAGAGGAAGGCCGGCGGCUCGGCAGUAAAGUGCGCCUGAGGGAUAAUUAAAGCCGACGACGGUAUCGAAUGUCCAGCGCUGAGCUCGUGCUGCCUCGAGGCGCACGUGGUGCGGUUGUCCGUCGGUGUGAGCUGUUAUUAAUAUGUCAGCGAGGGAUCUCGUUUUGAAAGCUCGACAUGCGAACAGGCGUGUCGUAAGCCCGCGAGAAGCCGCUGACGGACAGACGGGCACGCGUGUCUGUCAAGAGUUUGGCGUGUGCGGAGCCCGGAGACCGUUCCUCCUUUUUUUAACAGGCUGACGUCACUGCGGGUCAGGAUUACUCAACAUAGCGACUCGGUGAUGCAAGUGCGAACACGGAUGCCCUCCUCGACCGCUAUCCGGCCCUUAUUUACACCCGCCCCGCGCCCCCUCCCCAUGUGUCACCCAUCUCCCUCCCUCCCUCCCCUCCCAGGGAGAGCCCAGCUGUUGUGAACUGAAUGUUUUAUGACACGUUGGAGGGUUUCCCCUCCCGGAGACCGGCAUCAAAGAAAGCAGGGCUGUUUUUUUAAAGGGGGUAAAGUUGAAACUCCGUCCUCUGCUCUGCGUGAUGCCUUUCUUCGCUUUCACGUCCGCUCCGUCCACGGGAACCUAGCGGGGCUCUUGCGUGCCAGAACCAAGACCAUUUAAGCUUCGACCUGCUAUGUUCCGCUGUUCUAGGUCGUAUUCGUGGCUCGCAGUGGCAACGGCCUGCGUGGUGUUGACACGGUGGAAUGUACUGACCCGUCAUCUGGGACCCAAGUGAAGACCUCACAGGUUUCAAAGCUCCUACAGCUCUUGUGGCCCGAUGAACGGAGGUUUUGCCGGUUCCUCUCCUGCCUAAAUGUUGGCUGUAUGAUAUAAAAUUCCUACAAGGACAAGAAGGUGUUAAACCGUGGAGAGUGCGUCUGCUUCUCCUUUUCUGCUAAAAUACCAACAAAAGAGGUGUAAAUCCUCUUAAACUGGUGUUGUAAGUAUAAACAUCCGCUAUUUACAAGUCAUAGUUUAUUCCCUUUCAUUAAGUAGACUAGAAUGUACUCGGUGGAGAUUGGAGUGGCGAGGCAGAAAUGGCUCUCGGGGUCGGACAGCGGGACCCUUGUCCUCAAAAGCCUGCGUUGUGAAGCCGGGGUCGUGGUGUCAUUGGGCGGCGUCGGCUGUAAUCUGCACUUAACCAGCACUUAACUUUAAGACCUCAUACGACUAAUGCCCCUAUUGUCCCCUUUCGUCCCAAAAAUUGUACCAGUCGGAUACGUUAUGUAUUUUUGCACCAGCCAAAUUAGUGGAUUAUUUGAGAAUCAUCGAAACAGUCAGAGAAAGGAAGCCGGCGUGCACUCUGCGAAUGAAUGAAUGAAUAAUCUUUGAGCGAUGGCGCCCUGUAAACGCCUGCAUCUCGGCCUUCUAGCCUGGUGCCAAAUGAAUUCCACGGUAUUUCCAGUUUACAGUUUGAGACGUGUCAGCGCUCUGAUGGCCACCCAGUCUCUCAGCUACUGAACUGAAUGGGACAUUUUCAAUUUGAGGGUUUUCUUUUUUGUUUUCCGUCAGUUGUGUUUUGAUUACGUUGUCAAACAAAAGAUGUCUUAUUUCGGAGGCUAUAUCGGGUAGAUUUUUAUUUAAGGAAACUCUUUGUAAUUUUGUAAAGUGGGCCUCAUUAUUGAAAUAUAUUAAGUAUUUGUCCAGCUUGAUUUUAAGAACGAUAUUUUUCGCAUCUUCCUCAUUGUUAAUACACUCCUGGAGAGUACUUUAUUUGCGUUUUGUUGUUUUAAUGCAAGACAUUAUCUCCCGACCUGGCGGCACGCUACGGAUCAGAGAGAGAGACGGAGAACCCGGGUGGUGUCGUAUUGAAGACUGAGAGGUGUGUUUGAUUCGUUGAGCGGCGCUGAGUGGUUCCCCGCGUGUCGUCAGGGACCGUUCAGGCUGCCCGGUUCUCCCUCGCUCUUUACUUCAGGGUUCGUACGGAUUUUCUGUGCUGUACGUUUUGUGAGUGCUGCCAAAGAGAGAAGGGCGCAGAGCCCAGACACACACACACACACACACACACGACACUGUGUGCGUGCGUGUGUACAUAAACACACAAAAAACAUAAUAGGAAUUAAAAAGAAGCUGUCUGUAACUGGAUUUCUUUUAUAAUAACCGGCCUGUACAAUCACCUUUGGUUAUUUUUAUUGCUAAGUUUAUGUUUGUUUUGUUUUCAGAAGGAGACUGACAGAAAGAGGUGUCAAACUCAAAACUGUAUGUAACAAAAUCAGAUCAAAUGGGUUUUUAUGGUUUAAUAUUGCUUCUCAGUGGGUCGGCAAUGCCAGGUGGACUGUGUGGGGAGGCUUUUUUUUCUUUUUUAGACUUAAUACAUUGUGCAUGUUUUAACUUUACUGUGGCUGGCGCACUCUGCAUGUAGGUCUCUCGAAGCUGCCAACUGUACAGCAGACCAUAUGUAUUCCAAUAAAAAUAAAAAAACAACCUGUUU